UUUAAGUCAUGCAGGUUGUAAGAAAUGCGGGGUUUCGAUUCCUAUGGUCUCGGACCCGGCCCGGAACGACCAGGGUCGUGGUCGGGGCGCCGGUUGGAACCAUCCACACCCAGACGCCGGAGCUGCAAGACGCGGCGGCGGAGCAGAAAGUUGAAGUGAAGACGGCAGCUCCGAGCCGCAGCAGCUUCAGCAUUUAUCCUCCCAUUCCGGGAGAGGAGAGCCCUCUGAGGUGGGCAGGAAAGAAGUUUGAGGAGAUCCCGAUUGCACACAUCAAAGCCUCCUACAACACACAGAUCCAGGUGGUCUCUGCUGCCAACCAGCCCCUUGCCCGUACUUCCUGUGGCACGGAGGGAUUUCGGAAUGCCAAGAAGGGCACAGGCAUCGCAGCACAGACUGCAGGCCUAGCCGCAGCAGCGAAAGCUGCAGUGAAAGGUGUGACUCACAUCCGCGUUGUGGUGAAAGGCCUGGGGCCAGGGUGCCUGUCUGCCAUCAAGGGCCUGACCAUGGGGGGCCUGGUAGUGAUCUCAAUCACAGACAAUACCCCCGUCCUCCACAAUGGCUGCCGCCCCAGGAAGGCACGGAGGCUAUGAUGAGAAUGAAGCCUGCAUUCGAACAUGACCCCAAGUCUCAACCUCCAGUUGGACCUCAUAAGAAGCUCACUGCAGUGCCAUCCACGGAACAGUGCUUGUGGGAAGUCCUUCUGGCAGGAAGGGCGAGUGUUGCCACCUUACACAGUGGCCUCUGCUUAUGCCUCCAACUGAAGAGGGAUGUGUCCCAGAAGUGAACUUCACCUCUUAGACAUGAAGGGAUCUACAGAGGCAGCCAUGGCCAAGUCCCAACCUCUUCUCUGA